CUCCGAUGUGCACGGGGGUCUGAGCCUCGCCGCCCUGUGGCCGCGGGCGCCCCACCCCGAGAACAUGACCACGGCCCAGAACGGCCAUGGGCAAGGGGCUGCCAUCGCCUGUUCAGCCUGCGAGCCGCAGGACCCCAGCACGGCGACGUGUGAGCAUGGAGGCUAUGGCGGCGACGCAGAGGCGCAGGGGGCCCGGCUCGGCCCUUCCAGGCUCGUGCGCCUUUUCUCCGUGAGUCGGAAGAGAAUGGGCGCCAACCCUGAGAGGCCCCGCUCACUGGUCCUCGUGGGGAAUUCCUCGACGUGGAACGCGCUGGCCUCCUUCCGGAAAAUGGGCUCUUUCAAAAAGCUGAAGUCUUCAGUCCUACAAGGGAUUCAGAACCGAGAGGGGUCGGACCCCUGGAAGGAGGAGGCGUCAGAACGCGACCCGGCCAAACCCCUGGCCAACGGUGCGGGGCCAGGGGGCCCGGCCCGCAGGGGCUCCCCCUCGGCGUCGACGAGGGAGCCCCACAGGACCGGGCAGGAGGCGGCGUCCGACUGCUCAGACCCCGAGGACGCCGACGACGACGCCUUCCAGAGGAGCACCCACCGCUCCCGCAGCAUCCGCAGGGCCUAUGGCCUAGGCCGCAUCAGCUUGGCGGACGCAGAGAAGCGCCAGGGCCCCCGGGGCCACGCCGGGCCUCUGUCCCCGGUCAUGCAGGAGCCCACCCUGUGCGAGAUCCUAGUGAAAGACUCCGAGAACAACAGCAUCGUCUACCGGAGGAGCAAGAGCACAGACAACCUGAGCUUCCUGAAAAAGAGCUCCUUCAAACGCAAGUCCACGUCCAACCUGGCCGACCUGCGCGGGGCGCAGGAAAAGCCGCAGGCGCCGCCCCGGACCCUGAGCAGCUCCUCCGCGGACUCGGAAAAGCUCGGCGGGUCCGAGAGAAGGACGAAGCGCUGGCGGAGCCCGAUCAGGGCCAAGGACUUCGACAGGGUCCUCAAACUCGUGAGCAACGUGACCGACGCCGCCUGGAAGAGAGAGGGCCCUAAGAGCGGCGCCGCGUCUCCCGUGGGAGCCCCAUCCCCCGUGGGAGCCCCGUCCCCCGUGGGGGCCCCGUCCCCCGUGGAGGCCCCGUCCCCCGUGGAGGCCCCGCCGAGGCUCGGGCUGCACAGCAGGCUGCACGACGACUACUCCCGCCGGGUGUCCAGCUGCAGCGAGCGGGAUAGAAGGCGUGCGGCGUCACCCGCGCUCAGCGCCCCCGUGUCCUGCGCCGCAGCCGCCUCCCGAGUUGCCCGAAUAGACGUUGACACCGCUGUGUUUCCGCUGGAAGCCCGAAACUCUCGUGCGUCGGAAAGCGAUGGCCCCUGUGCCAGCAGCACCUCUUCAAGUCUCAUGGCUUUGGAAUCACCCAGCAGAGACCCCAGUGAGCCGCUGUCGGGCAGCCAGUUCACCUUGGAGCCCGAGCAGCCUCCCACCCCGCUGAGGCCCACCUCGCCCAAGCCCCAGAGCCCCCAGAGCCCCCAGAGCCCUGGGCUGCUCAAGUAUCCCAACACUCUCAGUGCGCCAUCGCUGAGUUCGGUGGAAAGUGAAGAACAGGCCGAGGACCCUGCUCAGCGGAGGAUCCUGCAGGAGGCCGUGCAGACCGCGGGCAGCGAAGAACACAGCAGGCACGCCGGCCCCGGGAGCCAUCCUCAGCUGACCCUCUGCGGGGCAGCUGGUCGGGAGGAAAGGAAUGAGGAGGUUGUUACUGAUGACACCUGGAGGCGAGGCUCAUCACAGGAUGAGGAAAGGACCGAGGCUCAGAGAGUCACCAGGCGGAGAUGGGGCUCCGGGAGGAGGGCCAGGCCGCGGCCGCUCUCCGACUACGGCCAGUUGGCCAGCCGAAGCUUGUCCAUUCCUGAAGAUGCGAUUGCUGCGGAUCCCCAGGGCGAGGACUGUGUGGAUGGGGCCCCCCCAGCCAGCAUGACGGCCCCCAGGCCUGCAGACCAGAACGCUCCAGCAACCUACACCAAGGGAGGCCGGAGAAGACGCCCCAUUUCCGUGAUCGGGGGGGUCAGCUUCUAUGGGAACAGCCAGACAGAGGAAAUCGAGAAUCUUCUAACCCAACCAGCAGCCAGGCCGCCGGUGCCUGCACACCAGGUGCCACCCUACAAGGCCGUGUCGGCCCGGCUCCGGCCCUUCACCUUUUCCCAGAGCACGCCCAUCGGGCUGGACCGCGUGGGACGCCGGCGGCAGAUGCGAGCCUCCAACAUUUCUUCAGAUGGAGGUACGGAGUCCUCUGCCUUAGUAGAUGACAAUGGUAGUGAGGAAGACUUCAGCUAUGAAGAUCUUUGCCAGGCCAACCCUCGGUAUCUACAGCCAGGUGGGGAACAGCUGGCCAUCAACGAGCUCAUCAAUGAUGGCAGUGUGGUCUGCGCAGAGGCCCUGUGGGACCAUGUGACCAUGGACGACCAGGAACUGGGCUUCAAGGCCGGCGAUGUCAUCCAGGUUCUAGAAGCCUCUAACAAGGACUGGUGGUGGGGCCGGAAUGAGGAUAAGGAGGCCUGGUUCCCUGCGAGCUUUGUGAGACUGCGAGUCAAUCAGGAGGAGCUGUCAGAGAAUUCCAGCAGCACCCCUGGGGAGGAGCAGGCGGAGGACGCCAGCAAAACCCGCCACAAGCACGCUGAGAACAAGCACCAGAUGAGGACCAACGUCAUCCAGGAGAUCAUGAACACUGAGCGGGUGUACAUCAAGCACCUCAAGGAUAUCUGCGAGGGUUACAUUCGACAGUGUCGUAAGCAUACAGGAAUGUUCACUGUUUCGCAACUAGCCACUAUUUUUGGAAACAUUGAAGAUAUUUACAAAUUCCAAAGAAAAUUCCUGAAAGACCUUGAGAAACAGUACAACAAAGAGGAGCCUCAUUUAAGUGAAAUAGGAUCCUGCUUUCUUCAGCACCAAGAGGGCUUUGCCAUCUAUUCCGAGUACUGCAACAACCACCCGGGCGCCUGCGUGGAGCUCUCCAACCUCAUGAAGCAGGGCAAGUACAGGCACUUCUUUGAAGCCUGCCGCCUGCUGCAGCAGAUGAUUGACAUCGCCCUGGACGGCUUCCUCCUCACGCCAGUGCAGAAGAUCUGUAAAUACCCUCUGCAGCUGGCCGAGCUGCUCAAGUACACCACCCAGGAGCACAGUGAUUACAACAACAUAAAGGCAGCCUAUGAGGCCAUGAAGAAUGUGGCCUGUUUGAUCAACGAGCGCAAACGGAAGCUGGAGAGCAUUGACAAGAUCGCCCGCUGGCAGGUGUCCAUUGUGGGCUGGGAGGGACUGGAUAUUUUAGAUCGAAGCUCAGAGUUGAUUCAUUCUGGGGAACUGACCAAAAUCACAAAGCAGGGCAGGAGCCAGCAGCGGACGUUCUUCCUGUUCGACCACCAGCUGGUGUCCUGCAAGAAGGACCUGCUGCGCCGGGACAUGCUGUACUACAAGGGCCGCAUAGACAUGGACGAGAUGGAGCUUGUGGACGUGGAGGACGGGCGGGACAAGGACUGGAACCUCAGUGUGAGAAACGCCUUCAAGCUUGUCAGUAGAACCACGCCUGAGGUUCAUCUGUUCUGUGCCAAAAAGCAGGAAGACAAGGCGAGGUGGCUGCAGGCCUGUGCUGAUGAGAGGCUGCGGGUCCAGGAGGACCAGGAGAUGGGAAUGGAAAUCUCAGAAAAUCAAAAGAAGCUUGCCAUGUUGAAUGCCCAAAAGACGGGACAUGGAAAGUCCAAAGUCAGGCUACAGCGGAUGCCCCGUGGCCCCGCCGCACCAGAACCUGCACCCCAUGCACCAGCGCCACGUCACUGUGCCCACCAGCGUGCCCCAGCAGCAGGUCUUUGCCCUGGCAGAGCCCAAGAGGAAACCCUCACUCUUCUGGCACACCUUCAAUAAGCUCACUCCCUUCAGGAAGUGAACACGGGGGGCUGCACUUCCCCGGAGGGGCUGUGAAGAAGAGAACCAUUUUGGUUUCUUCUGUAGGAAAUGUCUGAGACCCAGUGCUGAAAACUUCUUUUGGGGAUCAAUGAAGGAGCCGAAGUGCUUGGGCUCCCUUCGGUCUUCGGAGAUCCAGCUGCCUUCAUGGAAGGGAAGAGAAGUUCAUGACGCACAGCAUGUCUGCACCAGAGUCCCCGGGCUCGCCUGGCAGCCUGUGUCGUGUUCCACAGCGGAGGCCGAUGCUGUGGCUCCAGUGAGCCAUGCCAGGCUGAGCGCGCUCCUGCUGCGGUCCGAGCACGUUUCAUCCGAAGCAGUGGGUCCCUGGUGGGUCCCUGCUGUAUUUGAUUGUGAAGGGAGUCGUUGACAGAGUCGCUAAGACACUGCUACUUGCUCUAGCACGUGUCUGGUCACACUGAGAAGGCGAGCUCUUCCUCCCUUCCGUAGUAUUAGGGGACCCACAGCUGCAGGGGCCGUGGCUGUGGUGUUCCUGGUAUUGUCAGCCGCCCGCACAGCUGCCACGUGUGCAGGAUCUGUCUUGCAGGGCUGAUCCUCACAGGCUGGGGAGGGACACCUGUGGCCACGGCCACCCUGCAGCGUGGCCUGCAGUGCAGGGGUGGAAGCUCCCUCCUGAUUCUGCUGCCAGGAGCGAGAGCGAGAAUCCUGCUGCAGGCAGCCCGGCGCAUCCUUCUCAAACCAGGUCCUCACCUGCCCGAGUGCCUUGUGUAACUCCACGAGCCAGAGUCACUGAGAAACCGCCACGCCUGCAGCUGGUGGCCGCAGGAAGGCCUGUUUACCUUCCCUCUUGUGACACAGCAAGCAUGGAAACACUCUGGUUGGAAGAUAUCCAUAAAGAGCAUCCUCUGCUUCUUCCUGUGCUUGCUUCUGGCAUCCUUGCUGAUGACGUUACAAACACGCAGACUUUCCACAGAGAAAACACGAGGGGCACAGCCGUCCCGCCGCCCAGGGGCUUGAAGCUGCCUUUCUCACAUCAGCCCCGGACAGGAGUGCAUACCUGUGCCGUCAUUAUGUCAGCAGAUUCCUGAAAAUCCAUUCCUUAUAGAGAGACCUCGACCAAGUACCUCGGCUCAGAGAGAGCAGUCUUUGCUAACGAAGGCCACGCGGGGCUGGUGCCUGCAGGUAAUAGUCUCCUUUUCUGGGACCAUAUUGUAAAGUUUGCAGAACACAUGUUCUAAAUACGCCUGGAGAAGACAGGCUGUAUCAGAGAGAGAAGCUGUUUCCCUUUCCCCCUGGCACGCUGGAUCGGGAGGGGGAUGUGUUGCAGUUUGUUUGCGUUUGACAAGCCCCAUUUUUUGUAUGUUGCUCUUGCAGAGUUCCUUUUUCUAAUAGGCCCCUGUGUGCGAAUAAACAAACCUUCAGUGUCCAACAGAGGUGUAAUCUUCCGUGUCCAGGGGUGCUGUUCCUCCAUUCUCCCUGCCUUUCCCCAUAUCCAGAGCUGUUCCUGGAGAAGGUGACAUCAUGUGUCAAAUGCGUCAAGAAAACAUAACCCUGGGCCUCUCUGCUGGGCCCCUGGAGCACUGUGUGACUGCGUGACCCUGUGUCGCCUGGGAAUGCCUGCCUGCGGCAGCAGUGCUAAGAGAGUCCCGUGCCCUGUGGCCAGCCACCCUAGGGUUGCCUCUGUGGCCCCUCACGCCGUGUCCCCAGCUAGAAGGUGCUGCAUGAGGAAGGUUUUUGGGAGGUGCCGUGGCUUCCCCCGCGUUUGCCCCUGUGGGUGGCUGUAUGUUUCCCCAUAGACGGCUCAGCUGUAGCUGCAUUUGUAGAACUGACCUUUUUACUAACAAGGGGUAAUGAUGUGUUUUGGAAACUGCACUUACUGAUUUUUUGGACACCUCAGCAGUAACUGUAGGAGUCUGUGUGCUACAUGGAGUUGCUUGUACAUAUAUGUACAGCAGUUCUCAACAGUGUUGUGUAAUGUAGUAUAAGAGAAUUGCUUUAAGGAAGUAGAGAUCCUUCGCUUAUGUUACAUUUUCAGCAAGAACUCAAUUUCAGUAAAGAAACGCCCUGAGGGUUUCCAUUUCCUGCUGUGUGCUAUCAGGCUGAUGAAGAAAUGCUUUAAGUUUUGUAACCAGUCCUAAUUUAUUUCCCAGUUGAGCCCUAACUUCCUGUUCCCACCUACCUCCGUGGACUUCCUGACAGAGGAUUGUGAAUACCAGGACAUGUUUUUAGAAAAUCAGGUUCGGUUGUCCAGAAUUGUCCAGUCAGCUUUAUACGGUGUGAGAGUCACUUGAUCAAAUGUCUGUCCUAGGUAGAUCCUACCUGGAUUUUCAGGCGAUUUUGAAAACUGCUAACAUUUUUAAAAGGAUACACCAUCCUUUGACUUUCUGAAAAUCUUUAUGUCUAGCUUAGAUUUUCUUAGUAAAUACUUGAGUUCUACAAAGAAUAGAAGACUCAACUAUCCUCACUUUUCGUUUGCUGAACCUCCUUCUUCAUUUAAGUCACAGGUUCCCCUUGGAAAGAAACAAACAGCCCCUACAUGAAUUGUGGAUGCUGGCUCUCCUCUCCUUUACUCUCUCCUCUCUCCUCCUCUCUCAUUUUAACCCUAUGUUCCUUAAUAGGUGUGGGCUAAAAAAAAAAUGGCCCAACCUUUUGAUGCAUUUCAUCUAUCUCUGACGUUUCAGAAUCUGCCCACUCUGUUGACAAACAGUCGAAAUGGCCCUGGACCACAAGCAGCCUUCUCCAUGUUGGUCAUACCUAAAAUGUGUCACUGCCCUGCAGGAGACGCCAAGCAGUCAUCCCAGGGAAUAUUCGCAAUGUUCUCUGGAGAGUAAGCGUUGUCUGUCUCUGACCUGCAAACUAAAAAGAGGAGAAGUGAUUUACCAGAGCUUUCAUGAUGAUAACCAUCCACACAGCUUUCGUUAGAUCAGUCUUUUGUCUCCCACUUGAGUAUCUGAUGUCAUAGUCAGAAACAUUUUACCAACAUCUAGUGCUAUUUCUGAAUAUUGUGCCUUUUUGUGCCUAUUUCAGCUGAAGACUGUUCAGUACUGUUGUCUAGACAGAAAGCAAACAUAUGCUUAAUUCAAAACUCUGCUCCCAUAGACACCUUCUGUAGAGGCCCAGGUGACCCAGCAUUUCACCAAGUGGAAGCUUCUGUACACUGAACGCCCUGCUAUUCCUCAGAACACAUCUACCCAGUUUCCGAGGCAGAGAACAGCCUGAUCACCUGGGCUGGGGGGGUGGGGAGGAUUUCUGCAGAAUGACUGCGUCAAGGGAGGAGAAACAGAGACGUGUCCCUCACAGCGCGGUGCCCACAGUGUGAACAGGUACCCUUUCAAUAGCGCACAGGCCCGGGGUGCUGCACUCAGCCCCACUGCAGGCUUAAACCAGAAGCAGAAAAUUGCCCCUCAUCCCCCUCAUCGCAGCCUCCAAACGCUUUCCCUGUGACAGUUUCACCUGGCUAAGGCUGUUUGUUUUCAGGAUGCAGCAAAAGCGGAGCUCAGAGACUUCAGGAAGAAAUAAGUGCAGGCCAGCUGGUCUUGACCAAAAAAGAAGCUUAAGUAUUCAAUGUAAAUUUAUUUAGCUACAAAUACUCUUCAUUGUUGCCUGCCUGUAAUUAUCUCAUAGGCAUUGACAUUUGUAUAUAGAAAAGGCUUUUAACAGAUUCAAUAAUUUAAUAAUGGGUCUUUUUUUUUUUGUAAAUAUUAGCAUCCAUUGUGUAUGACUUGCCUGACCUAUUUGGCAAGACUUUUAGUAACUUUUUAACUCAGCGACAUCAAGAUGAUGUUCUUUGUAUAAGUGGGAACUUCCACAAUGAUGAACUAGCUGUUGACAGCUGAACUAGGGUGUACAAGAUUGCUGUAACUUGAUAUGUAUUUUUGUUGAAUGAGGAUUUUGUAAAAAAAAUGUUAUUUGAAUGAUUUCUUGUAAAUGCUGUGAAUCUAUAUUUGUUGUUCUGUAUAUUAAAAAUCAUUUGCCAAACUG